AUGCCGUCUUCCUUCCGCCACGCCAUCAGCGCGGACAUUCCAUCUAGCGGGGAUGGCACUCUACGUCUGGCCGUCGCAAGGUCUGCUCCAGUGGCCACUCUGAUGCCAUCCGCGCCUGCCUCGCACAGCCUGUUCGGCGACACUGUGCAGCCCGAGUCUCUGAGUCUGUUCUCGUCCACCUCCUCCGACCCAUUGGCGCUAUGGAUACUCCAUCGUGAUCCUGAAUUGGAGGAAGACUCGGGCAUACAAGUCUUGGCGGAUGCGACCCACGCAGUAGCUUCGUCAGACCCGGAAGAGGCGUCGUCUGCAUUCAAGCUGCGUGUGGAGCCUGUGUCCAGAGGCACCAGCAUCGAAACGAUCCUACACAUCCAGUCGCCAGCGAUCCGCAACACCUUCAUUCGCAGUCCUCGGUCACUGGAAGCAGAGCUGGGGGUCAAGCUGCCGCAUAUCUCGUUCCAGUUUCGAUCCAUCGGCAACGCUCGGCCUUUCGCGUUCGAAGUGGGUAUCAAGGACCGAAUCGGACGCAGCGGCAUUGUCCGCCUCAGCAGCUUUCAGACGAAGCCGAAGCUUUACUUGCCUCUUGCGAGCAGCGCAACAGCCGGGCCUUCCGAGCCAAUGAAGAGUCGGCAAUCCCGGCCGUUGCUGCAUCUUCCCCUGACAAUGGCACCAACACCCGAUCAAGACGAAGCGACGCUCACAGCAUGGCAGGUCGUGACGCUGCCUCUUGACCGCAUUGCUCGGUCACUAUCCGACAGCUCGUUGCUGCCCGCCAUCCCUCGAGACCCUCGCCCCUCGCAUCUCGAUCCUUUCGGCGAAUUCGACUCGAUCUCGUACGUCAAAAUCCACGCCAACGUGCGGCUUCGGAGGAUCUGGUGCUCGAAUAGUCUCCCCGACCACAACCUCGCUGAAUUUCAGGUAUUCACUUAG